UAAUGCUAAACAAAUAUCAUAUUUAAAACAAUUUCGUUUUCUCACUAUUAUCAAUAAUAUGUGAACUUAUAUAAGUGAAUUAUUUUGCACUAGAUAAUAAGCAUAUUUUUUUAUUUUGUUUAUAAGAGCUGAUCAGACGACACAAUCAUGUACAGUUCGAAAAUAUUAAAGUCGUUUUUAAUGGCUUUUUUCUUGGUUUUGACCGUAUACAAAAUAUAUCCUAAUGUAUAUUAUGGUGAUAAUGAACUUAUAAAAUACAAUCAAGACAAAUUAGGUACCGAAGAUUAUUUAAUUAACAAUCCUGGAUGCUACAUACCUAAUUAUGAAAAAACAAUGAAAUUCAAAGAAGCAAAUGUGAUGAAUAAAACCUGCGGCGUAAGAGCAGUGUUUAUUAAAAAAGUAUUCGAUAGUGAAAUAUUAUUUAUAAUAGACAAGAAUAAAAUUAAGUAUUAUACAAAAAAGAAAUACUCAUGCUGUUAUCAGUUUGUUAGUCCGUCUAUUAUUUUAGGGAAGAAAGAUUAUACUUCGUUGAGAUACUCAAAAUGUGAAGAUUUUAAAAAUGGCACGAAAGCGGAGUUGAAAGAGGAAAUCAUAACAGUAACGUGCACUGCCGCUAAGAGCUCAGUUAUAUACAAAGAUGCAUAUGCGAUACUAAAGAAAAUAAAAAGGAAUGAUGUAAAGAAAAACGAAAAAUCAUGGAACGUAAUAAUAUUAGGAAUGGAUACGAUGUCAAGAGCACGCGCUUAUAAUAGCAUCCCAAAAACAACUGACUAUAUGUUAAAACACGAUUGGUUAGAUUAUAGAGGAUACCAAAAGGUAGGAUAUAAUACGUUUCCGAAUGUCAUGUCUCUAUUGACGGGCAAACACGUAUCAAAAGUGUACAAGGCCUGCGUUCCGACAAUGGAUAGUUGUAAUCAUAUGAUAAUAUGGUCAGAUUUUAAAAAAGCAGGAUACGUAACAGCUACUGGUGAAGAUUACUUAAGUCUACCGGACACUUUUGGCAAAUUGGGAUAUAAAUCGUCACCUACGGAUCACUACCUUCGACAACUAUUUUUAACAGGAGAAAAUUCACACGGAAACCUUGUAUGCACAAAAAAGAUGCCGUCAACAAAUCAUAUACUCGAUUAUGCAACUUCGUUUGCAGAAAGUUAUAAAGACGACAAAUUCUUUGGAAUGUUUUGGUUUAAUUCCUACACUCACAAUUUAAUAAAUGUGCCACAACUUAUCGAUCACGAUAUUGUCAAAUUCUAUAGCAAUCUCCACGAUUCCGGUAUCAUGAAUAAAACUUUCAUAUUUUUCUUAAGCGAUCAUGGCCUGCGUUACGGUGAUUCGAGGAAACUUUUUGAGUCAUACUAUGAAGAACGUCUUCCAAUGUUAUUUUUAUGGGUUCCCUAUGAUUUUCGUAAAAUAUACGAAAAUGAAUAUAAAAACUUAAUUGUUAAUCAAAAUCGAUUACUUACCCCAUAUGACUUACACGCCACAUUUUGGGAUAUUAUUUUGAAGUCAAAAAUACUCGUUAAUAAAACUAAUUUAGAUGACUGUCCAUAUUGUGAGAGUAUUUUUAAAGAAAUCAAUACGCACAGGACUUGCACUGGCGCCAAUGUGGAUGAAAAAUGGUGUACAUGCCAUGAAAUGACCAGUAUUGAUCAAAAACACGUUGAUGCAAAUGGAACUAUAGAAUUAGUUGUUAAAUAUUUGCAAGAUAAAAUGAGAAAUAUAAAAACGAUUCCGUGUAUGAAAUGUAUUGUAUUAAAUUUAAAAAAAGUUUUACGAAUUCACACAUAUCACGACGAAACCUUUAAUAGUACGUAUUAUGUCCUGGCAAUUGUAAUGAGUCCUGCAGAUGUUGCUUAUGAAGCAACAAUUGUCAAACGUAAUGGCAAAUUUGAUAUUAUAAAUCCAACAUACACCAUAUCGCCUUAUAACGUCAGAGGUAGCUGCGUCAUUGAACCAAAUCAUCGUUCAUAUUGUGUUUGUACAAAAAUAGCAAAAUGUAAAAUUAAACACUGAAAUUAU